CUGUUAAUGAAACUUGAUGCACCUAAUAGAAGUCGCAAAAUUAAGGAUUCGGAAAUAUUUUGUUUUACAAAUACAAUCUGUUAGAGUAAGACCUUAUUUUUCUCUGACUCUCUUCCUCUUCCGGUGAAAAUACCAAGAUGGCCGGCCACACAGCAGGCGAUCCCCUCGAGUGCCUGAGUAUCCCCAUUGUGUUGGAAAAGGAAGCUGAGCUUGAUCAGCAGGGCAAUUCUGUCUUAGACUCAGAUGGCAAACCCAGGUUUCGUUGUGGCUUCCGCAUUGGAGGUGGUAUCGACCAGGACCACCAUCAGAGUCCUCAGGGAUACCCUGAUAAAGGCGUGUAUGUGACGUAUAUCCAUGACAGUAGUCCAGCUUCCCGAUGUGGGCUACAGCUCCAUGAUAAACUUUUACAGGUAAAUGGCAAGGAUUUCACGGUCGUCACACACAAGGAAGCCGUGGAGUGUAUUCGCAAAAAAGCCUUCCUCAAAAUGCUUGUGUACCGUAAAGGAGUCCCACCUCUGCAGAAGUCCCCUGGACAUGUACAACCUCAGUUCCAUGCCUAUCAACAACAACAGCAACAACAACAGCAGCAGCAGCCACAGUUCCAAGGACAACCACAGUAUCAGUACUAGUUGUAGCCAUGGUAACAGGGGAGGUAAUCAAACUUCAUGAAACCAUCCAAGAUGGCAAGUCCAUACUAUUGUCUUAAAUUACUUUUGUCACCAGUCUUUUCACUCUCUAACAUGUCCAUAACAUAAAACCAUGAAACAUAAGUUUCUCUUAAUUACUUUGGCCCUUUUAUGACGGGCAAAUAUGAUAAAUAUGUUUCCUUCCACUGUUUGCAUCAGUGUAUGCAUAUAACACUGCUAUUUCCUUUCUGUUUAGCAUGGUAUGGUUUACAUGUUUAUUAGUGGGAUCCAUUCUUCUAUAAUGUUACCAUUUAAUAGUAUUGGUCUGGAAGGCCGAACACUGAAUGUCAUGGUGGAUACUAUUUUCCUGAUGCAUCAAAUUCUACAUGCUUAAUAUUUUCUUUUUUUCCCAAUAAAUUAUUGUAUCUAACACAAGCCAUCUGCACAAGUGAUACAAAGUGCUUGUUUGGUAUCUUACCUUCUCUGGGGGUGGUGGGGUAGCCUAGUGGUUUAGGCAUUCGCUUGUCAUGCUGAAGACCCAGGUUUGAUUCCCAACAUGGGCACAAUGUGUGAAGCCCAUUUCUGGUGUCCCCCGCCGUGAUAUUGCUGGAAUAUUGCUAAAAGCGGCGUAAAACCAAACUCAUACAUUCACUCUUACCUUCUCUGUAGAGUUUGUGCAUCAGUAGCUGAGAAUUAGGGAUUGUGUUAAGGAUGUUAAGGUUCACUAUGUAUGGACUAUAUCCGAUCCACAGUGUGGGCUCCAUAUCAGGAUUUCAUCAACAUAUCAUGUUUAAAUAUUGAAGCAUAUUUUAAUUUAUCCUGUCCACUUUGUUUUAAAACAAGUUUGUUUGGGGAUUAUAUGGGUCCGUGAAAGUUUUUCAGCUCUUACAGGAGUUCAUUAGAUAACCUAAUUUUGGGUGUUCUUGUUAACAAUACUACCAUGUGCUUGUGAAUAGUUGUUGGGGAGGUAGUACAUGGUGUAGCAGUAUGUGGUAUUGGUCAUGGAAACCUACUUUGGGAUAUCAUUUAUGGGGAUAUAGAAUAAUUCAAAUUGUGCAUAUUUUCUCUAUUACCCUACCCUAGGGUGACUUUGUGAAACCUUGUUGACACUUAAAUGAACUGGUGUAAUCUACACAUCACAUAUGAAAGAUUUGUUUGAUGUUUUUGUAUAUUUUACUUCUAUACCAAUUUUAUGCUCACCACAAUGUGAUAGCCUUGUCAAUAUUCAUAAUAUGUCAUGUCUUCCUAUUUGACAGGUUUUACGGUCUAAAUAUUAGAAAUUUAGUCAAAUGGAUUUCAAUAGAUCUGUGGAAUGUAGAAUUUUCUAGUUUUAACUUGCUAAUCAUUGCCCAGUAAUAUCCUGGUGUAGUUUGGUACAAACAUUCCUUGCAGCAAUACUGUUAUGCACAGUUAUGUAUUACAGACUUUAGUUAGAUGUGUGUGAAUCAAUUUAUUUACAGGCACUAUGUGUUUUUGUCAUAAUAUUGAGAAUUAAUAGGGCUUCUAUCGCUUAUUUAAAGUAUUUUGUAUCCAGGUAACAGAGUUCAGUAAGAUAGAAUUGAUGAAAUAAAUGGAUGAUUAAUGAUUCCUAUUUAAAAUGAAGAGAUGAUAAUUAAUAAUAAUUUUUUUGAUACUGAUGUUGUGAAAUGUUCACCAGGAAGGAUGAAUGAUCUGUGUGAUUAUGGGCAAUACUCAACCAAUGUCAUCGAUGUCAUAACUGCUUUCAGACAUAAAACUCUGGAAUCCAGGAGGAUAUGGUGCUAAUCUGAGGUGAACUGAUUGUACAUGUGAUGUCAGUACUGGAAAUACAGUGUUACAAUAUGGUAUAACUGCUAUAACAUUAUGGUAGAACGGUAGUUUAACACCAUGGUAUAUGACUGGAAUUAAUACCUUGUUGUUCUAAUUACCAAAUUAUCUAGGAUUCUUGAUCUGCCGUGUUUUGGGUUCCAUCUACGAACACAUUUACGGGUCACUUGGGGCUUUUUCUAUCACAUAACUGUCACAGGGUGACAGAUCUGAAAUACUGUUGAUAGCAUUGUUUAACCUUCGCUCACCCACACCUGUUUAGUGUUUACAGUAUCUAUACUUAUAUGACGAAAACUGGAUACAGUAUGUAGAUUUGAUGUACCUUUGAUGACUUCUUUGUUAUAAUGAGUUAAAAUUGGUUACAGGGCACUCUGUAACAUGUUGAUAAAUUUACAGGUUCACCGAUAUAGCUUUCUUAUUACACCUUGAGUGAAUCCUUCUGGUGUGAUAUAGGGGAUAUUAUACCCUGUCUUGUCCCUAGUGUCAUCACAUGUGUCAUCAGUGUGGGAGAUACGGCAUUGAUCAAACUGUUUAUGAAUGAAAGGCUGGCAUAUAAAUGUGAUAGACAGCACUGGCUGUAGUCUGUGACUGAUGACCUGCCUCUUCCCAUUGAUGUUAUAACCAUUAUUCUGUUUAUAGAAAAAUAUCCUUUUGGGAUUUAAAUGCAUGAUAUGAUUUCUAGUAUUUGAAUUUACUUAACUUUUCCAAGAGGCACAUGUUGUCUGUUAAAACCAGAUAUUCAGUAUUGGAAAUAGUUUGUAGGGAAGUUGUAUCCAUUGCUUUUCUAUACUGCUCAUUGUUUGCUUAGAUAUUAUUCAGUUGACAAGGAAUAUUGGUCUCCAUGUCUUUUGUGCAAGAAAUGCUCACGAGACAGGCGGUGUUCUGACAGUUGUAGUUUGUAGCGAGAGGCAGUUUGCUGAGUAGAGCUGCACUAACCAUGAUGGCCACAAAGGCUUCUAAGUUUGAACGCAACACAUUCAAUGUCUAAAUAAGAUAAAAUAUCUAUUUCCUAAAGUUUGAAGAUAAUAUCUGUGAUUGUCUGUAAGUACCAUUCCAAAGUACAGACACACAGCUACACCAGCAUCUUGCUUACAGAUAUAUAUCUCAAGCAAACUUUGAGUCAUAUAUACUACUCAAAAGUAGUAAAAGAACACUCAAUACUUUUGUAUUACUGUAGUUAAUCUGUCUUGCCAUGACGGAUCAACAACGGUCAUAGACACAAUUAGUUGUCAGGAAACUUGUCAUCUGCUUCAUACUCGGAACACAGAAAGACAUAUUUAUGAGUUACAAUAGUGAAGAGUAUGUUUAUUUUCCUUGCUGAAUGAUUGACUAGCAUUUAUUACUGUAUAUCUCAAAUAUAUAUUUACAUAUUUUGCUAUAGGAUUGUUGCACUUCAUGGUUGUUGAGCUCCACCUGAAUCUCACACAUGCUUGUUAGUCUGAGUGCCAUGCUUGGAGCCACGAUAACACAGAGUUGUCUCCCUUUGGAUGAAGGUCAAAGUGGUCUGCCCCUGCAUUACUGUAGGAGUCAUGACUAAAUUGUCUGAAUAGGUGAAUUCCUACUUCAGUGGUCUGAGUGAAUAAUUUUAUUUCAAAGCUGACCAUUAUGUUUAUGUAUAAAUAUCAUUCCAAAUAUUUGAAUGAACUGACAAAAGUAACAGUGUAGGAAUGAUUGUCAUGCUACAACCCAUAAUGUUGGACUGUGAAAAUCUCCAACCUGAAUUUUAAGAAUGGAGAAGUGACGAAGCUGCUCCAGCGUUGCAGAUCUUGGCUUAGAAGUUCGGCCAGUAUUCAGGGAAGGUGGGAGUUAAUUAUCCACACCAAUUCUGUUGUCCAUGAUUUUUGUAAAACUAUUUCAGUUUACAUCUUUAUGCUCUAUUUUUUACUUUCUAGCUUUGUUUGUGAAUGUUCAUAUUGUAAUUUAGAUUGAGAUUAUUGUGAUUAUUCCCAAUAUUUAUUGAUGUGCAUCAUUGUCUAGUGCUUCUUGAUCUUACAAAUAUACCUCAUUGUAUAAGCCUUUGGCCUCAUACCGGAGACCGUAUGUGGGUUUUUUGCCAUGUUGGACAAGCUGUUAGGUCCCAGUAUCCCAUAUCAUGGUAUAUGACUAACAUGGUGAUUGGCUGGUCAAAAUGGCUGAUUUGUGUAGUUAGUUCUAUAAGCUGACUUCAGAUCUCUGAACAGUGUGGGUUUGAUGGAAUGUCUCAUCAUACUUCUGUCAGUGAAACUUUUGGGUCACAAUGGCAAAAACUCUUUUGUGUUGUGCGAUUCUUUUAUGGCAAGACCAUCUUCACGCCAACAAACGCAGAAAAUAUCAAGAACAAUAAGCACUUCAGUUAACCUAAAUAUAAAAGCUUAAAGGUUUUUUUUAAUCCUAAAUUUGUUUUUUAAAAUACAAACAAGCUUGCAAGAGGUUAAAUACUGACAUCCUAGCUUGUAGUCCCCUACAGUCGGUUACUGGAUGUGUAAAUGGUACUUCAUACUUAUCAGUAUCUAUGAUAUUAAAUGAUCAUUCUCACAGUAUUGAUGAAGUCAUUCAAACUGUAUUUUCAGCUCUCAUUUACAUGAAGCCCAGAUCUGGUGCCCCCUGCCGUGAUAUUGCUAAAAAUGGCAUAAAACCCAACUCACUCACUCACUUACUUUACAUUCUGCAUUGUAGGUCAGAGAGGUCAGGUUAUCUUCGACUCUAAGGCUGCAACUUAGGAAUCUGUUUUGGUAGAACCAGCUGAAAAUCUUUAGGUGGACAUGAAAAUAUAUUGCCCAGAUAGAUUGGGUAGUUAUACUAUAUUGAAAUGUCUAUUUUCUAAGAAUGUUUUUGGUGACCAGUUACUUUGAACAAUGGGUAGGCUGUUGAUAGUACCAUCACGUGGAAAGGUGAAACACAUCACUCUAAUAAUGAGGAUUUUUACGGUCUCCAAGUUCACAUGUAAAAAAGCAGCAGCCUGUCAGGUUGUACAGGUCAAUAUGUUAACAUUACAUCUUUUCAUUAUCUUUUUUAAAGCCUUCCAUGACAUUGUGGAUGAUUACAAACACCGGGGAUUCCAUCAUGUUGGUUGAUGUCAUGGUUAUCUCCAGCCUACCAUUGUUGAUAAAUAAUGGUUCCAAAGGCCAUGUUAUUAGAUUUUCAUCCCUACCCACCUUCCUACCAAACGGCCCAUCUCACGUCAGUCUAUAUUAGAUACAAAGGUAGCGUUACGUUUUUGUGACGAAUUACACAAUAAAACCACAUCAGACUGUGAAGGACUCGCAUCCAUCCAACUGGUUACAAGGAUGGCUUGAUCAGGUGGUGUAAAUUGAAAAACAGUCAAAAUUACUGUCUCAAAAUUGAGACAUUUGGAUGAAAAUCUAAUAAUUGUGUAUCGUGGCCUUAUCUUAAAGUACUGUAUGCAUACACUGCAGUACUUGUCCAAUCACAGAACAGGAUUGUCAGUAUGUGUUGUAGCUGUCUACAUCCUCUGUGCAAAGAACACUGUAGCUGGUGAAUCUGCAGUGCUGUGGGUAGGCCUUAACAUAAAUGACAGAUGUUGUACGAGUGUCAACACUUGAUAAAAGUGCUAUUAUUAGAAAUAAUAUUUUCUUUUUGACACAUGUUUUGUGUACAUUGAUAUCUAGCUAGUCAGAGCCCAGAACAAAGUGCCUCUUAGCUAUUUGAUUGUAGUGCCUGUGUUGUGACUUGCUGACAGUGUUAUUGUAUUGUCUUGCUAUGUAGCCUGCUGAAAUCUGCUUUUAAGCAAUAAAUAUGUUUACAUGACCACAGA